GUUGCUAAUGGUGACGUCAAGCUCGGUUUUAUCUGUUGAGAACGAAGUGAAAAUAAGCCCGCUGUUGCUUGUCGCGGGAAGUGCCAAACUGACUAUGUGAAUCGUUGGAUGUUUUGGAUUAUUUCAGCAGUCGGUAUUAAUUAGGUUAAAAAAACUGUGAAAAGGCAAUCCCUGAAAAUGCGCAGGAUUGGUAUUGUGAAUGGAAUAUCUUCAUUCCGGCCGUUAUUUUCCGUGUGGUGAAUAGAAGGAUGGACUAGUAUUUCCGAGACGGUCCGGAAGUCAAAAUGAAGGAGGUCUCGGAUCUCCCCAAUGGAGAGGGAAGGAUACCCCGGGAAUCUUCUGUCAGUGAACCAACAGUGGAGAAGCAUGAGCGGAUGACGCCAUUUCAGAAGCUUUCUUUAGAUCUCAGUAAUGACCAAAAGUGCUUGAAGGAGAUAACUUUGGGCAAAAGAAUAGGAUUUUACCGAAUUCGAGGAGAGCUUGGAAGUGGCAAUUUCUCUCAAGUGAAAAUGGGAAUACAUGCUCUAACGAAAGAGAAAGUGGCAAUAAAGAUCCUGGAUAAAACAAAACUGGAUCAGAAGACGCAACGACUUUUGUCACGAGAAAUCUCAAGCAUGGAGAAGCUUCACCAUCCAAACAUAAUCCGUCUCUAUGAGGUGCUUGAAACACUAGCCAAACUGCACAUAGUAAUGGAAUAUGCAGGAGGAGGAGAACUCUUCACAAAAAUCUCAAAUGAAGGGAAAAUGCCUGAACAGGAAGCCAAACAUAUAUUUGCUCAAGUGAUCGCCGGAGUAGAACACAUGCACAAGCACAAUAUCAUUCAUAGAGAUCUGAAGGCAGAGAAUAUAUUCUACAAUGGACCAAAGAGUGUGAAAAUUGGUGAUUUUGGAUUCAGUACGAUAAGCAAAGUUGAUCAGACCUUGAAUACAUUCUGUGGUUCGCCACCUUACGCAGCACCAGAACUUUUCAAAGAUGAGAGCUACGGUGGCGUUUACGUAGAUAUAUGGGCACUCGGAAUUAUGUUGUAUUUCAUGAUCACAGGGGUUAUGCCAUUCAGAGCCGACACGGUUGCAAAAUUGAAAAAAUGUAUCUUAGAAGGAAAUUACAUAAUCCCUUCAUACAUAUCGGACAGUGGACAAUUCCUUAUACGGAGUAUCAUGAAGCCAGUUCCGCAUGACCGAUUUUCUAUACGAGAAAUCCGCAAUAGUGAUUGGUUGGAUGGACAGGACUUUCCCGAAGCUUUACAACCGUAUAAUCUUUUGCCAGGAUCAGAUACAUCCACACUUUCCACAGAUGAAAAGGAAGCGCGUGUUAUGUUACAAGAUCUCGGAAUAGGUGAAGAACAUUUGAAAGGCACGGGCCAUAGAGAUUCUCGAAGUACAAUUACGGGAACCUACAGAAUACUGUUACAUCGUGUACAGAAAAAAAAUUCCGGAGUAGACGAUACAGGUAUCGAAAGCUUCGGUAGAACAGACGAUGGAGGCAACAGUAAUAGAGAUCGGUAUCAGGCAAAACCUAAACAAGAAUCCAAACUUUGUGUCAUUCUCUGAAUAUGUCAUAGCUACGAUAUCUGUUACCAUGGUUAUUCUAAAUUUCCAUUCCUGUCAUAGCUACGAUAUCUGUUACCAUGGUUAUUCUAAAUUUCCAUCCCUGCCAAGUGUCCAGAUAAGGGUUGGUCACUCCAAAGAUUUUGUAUUUAUUUGCUGUAAUCUACCAAAAGAUAAUGACCAUUCUGGUCACACACUUGGAUGAUAUAAGUUUUGGUCAUUCCAUUACUGAGUUUAGAAGUCCUCGUUAGCUCACACCACAAAAUAAUCACAAUUUUGUAUUGUGUUAUCCAUUUUCAGAUUUUUGAUCACUGCUUUGAAUUAGUGAAUGUGAUGUCAGUAAAUUUUAAAAUUCGAUGAAGUUAAAUUGUAAAUUUGAACUUUUGUAAUAAAAAAUUAUUAAUAAUUUUCAUAAUAUUUCAGUUUAGGAAACAUCAUAGACAAUCUCGAUCUGUGAAUGCAAAUUAGUUAUUUUUAGAUUAUGUAUUUCAAUUAGGUUGGUCAGACAUUGUUCAAACUGACCAAUCAAAGGAUUUAUUAAUUAAGCAAAUAUAUCAAAUGAUUAAAAAGUCUGUUAAAAAUUAUUUAUAUAAACAGCCUGGAAUUAUAUUAAGCAAAUGUAUCAAAUGAUUAAAAAGUCUGUUAAAAAUUAUUUAUAAACAGCCUGGAAUUAUCUUAUCCAAAAUGAUGAUAAAACAAUGUAUAAAAUACAUUUGUAGUUUUCAAAAAGGUAUCUUAACCAAAAAAAUAAUUAAAGUCUCUAAAAUAUAUCUCAGAUUUUGUUCCUUUCUGAUUAAAAGAAAUAAAUUUUUAGUGUCUUAGAUGCUCAUUAAUUAUGCCCAUUUUGGAUGCAUACAGCAAUUACUUGUUGGUCAUUAGGUGUCCAGAUUUUGACUGCAUGGAAUCAAUACUUCAUAUUUUGCGGUAAUCUUAUUUUUUCGAACUUUUUCACGCUGGAAGCUGUAAAUGUUGUGAAUUAUGCUUGUGCUAUUCUCCAUAGGAAAUUCUGUGAGUGCACUAAUUCUUCAUUACACAAAUCUCAUUUGUUAAUGUGCUAAAAAUUUGAGUACGCAAAAAUUUUAAAUGUUUAAUUACGGUUAUCAAAAAAUUCCUUCUUAGAGAUCUCCAGUUUUCCAUCAGGGAGUCUUGACAGGUUUGAAUUCGGUAUUUUCGUUCUUUGUCUGUUUGUUUGUUACACACAUAUUCAAUCAUUGAUUUUUGCUUUAGACUUGACAAGAUAGAAAUCUUAAUCCGAAAGUAUUUAGCAUAAGAUUAUUAUUAAUCAGACACUAAUCUUGAUAAUAAUAAAAAAUAAUUGUCCAAUAGUAGUGCAAUUUACCAAUAUUUUGUGUUCACAAAAUUAUGCUUUCAUAAGAUCGGAUUAUUUUCUCUUGAGUUCAUAUUAAAUAGAGCUGUUUAUAUAUAUCAGAGCAUCAGUCAACUAGUUUGAUAAUUAAGCUCUGUAUUUUAAAAAUUUUAAUAUCAUUUUCAAGUGUAUACAUAUACCUUUUUAUAGCUAUAGAUCUCAAUUUUGUGGUAAAAAAAAAAACUGUGUUAAUGAAAUGUAUAAAAACAUUUAAAUCAUUAUCAGAGCUUAAUCAAUUAAACCACCAUUCUGUUUCUUCACUAAUUAAUCCAAUAGUGUUAUCAGGAACAGAUCCUCUGUACAAAAUUUGUCACUGUUCAUCGCUCUCUUGCUUGCAGCUAGGCUCCAAUAAAUCAUAUUAUAAUUUUGCACAUUUGAAAUAAAAAUCAUGCAUGCAAAUAAUGUUCUUCUUGAAUACCUUGAAUACAAAAUAUUAAGUUAAAUUUUUCUAGAAUGAAUUUUUAAUUCCAGUUUUAAUUGCUUUUUAGAAUAACUACUGUAACAAUUUUAGACAGAGUUGUGAGUUUUUUUUUAAAUUUUAAUUUUUUUUCAUGAAUUUUAGCUCACCUGGUUCAAAACACCAGUAAGCAUAUGCCACUGUGCAGCAUCCCUUUUCUGUCCAUCGUCUGUCUGUCCACCGCUGUCUGUCCGCCAAUGUUUCCUUUAAGUGGUUAUUACAUGUAUAGUCUGCAGUCAGAGGCAUGUUGCCCUUUGAAGGAUGUUGAAAUUGGCUAUUAAAGUCAAUUGCUUUGCAAUGAAUUUGCUUCAAAUUCUCUUUGGAGCCAUCAAGCUAGAUAUCAGGUAAAUUAAUACAUUGUACUAGCAGACAGAUCCAAAAAUGGGAAAAUGGUUUUAAUGUACCAGUAAUUACUAAAAUAAAAAGCAUUACAUGUAAGUCAAGAUCAAUGAAAUAUUCAAGUGAGCUAUGGAGGCCCUGGGGGCCUCUUGUUUUGAAAAAUGUAUGACAAAUAUCUGUGAUGAAGGUAGAAGUCCUGUGUUUGUUUUGUAUAUAUACAUAAACACAUGUAUGUGAUUGAGUCAUGUGUUUAGUCUGUUCUGUGAUAAAAUGUUAGAAUCAUGCUAUUAUUGAGUAUUAAUUAAUUUAUUAAGAUGUGGAAGUUAAUUAGAUAUUUGAAAUAUGUAACAAUUUUUUAAAGACAUGUGUAAGCAAAUACACAAUUUUUAUGAAUGAAUUGUUGAAUGUAUAAAAUAUUCUCUCUUCAUUUUUCUUACUGUAUUUUUCUGUCUUUACAUUGUGAUUUUACAUGGUAUUCUCAUUUUUGUAUAGAUUCUCACUUCAUGAUUGUAUUGGCUCAUCUAGUUCAGCAGAACUAAAUUUGGAACCAAAAUUUUGUGAAAUCUAAUAAAUGUUAGUUAAAAAAAAAUGAUAUUGAAUCUCAUUCCUGGUACUGAGUGUGGGAUCUCAACAUGGAAUUUUUUUUACUGAAAUUACAAUGUUUGCUUUGGCCAUGAUCACCAAAAUAUUUGGGUAAGCAAUACAGGCCCUUUGGGCCUUCUGUUUAAAAAAUUUUGUCUUUGAUAUUAAAUCUGAAUAUAUAUAACCUGUGAAUGAAUGAUUGCAUAUUUUGACUGGUUUCAAAAUUUUAGCACUUAAUAAACAUCAAUGUAUUAGCUAUACAGAUAAAUCUAUCAUAGUUUUUUGAAAAUAUUUGUUUUUUGAAAGAUUUUAUUAUGGAGGUCAUCUUCUCUGUUCAUCAGCUAUCCGUCCAGUAGUAUGUCCAUUCCGGGUAUUUAUGGAUAUUUCUUCAAAUUUCUCCUCUAUGUUUUUAACAGGGGUCACACAUACAUGAUUUAUUUCUUCUGGGAUGGGAAUGAUGAAGAAAAACAAAAUUCUGAAAUUUUUGGGAAAUAAAUGUUUUCCAGGUCUUUACUUAUCAUAUAACUGUAGUUGUUGUUAUUGUUGGUAAAACUUGGUCAGUGAUGAAAAAUUGUCCCUUUUGUUGACAAACAAGCGGGCUGUUUUCUUGUUUAUGUAUUUAAUGUACUAAAGUGCUAAUUAAGUAACAUUUUUAAGUGCUAUAGUUACUAUGCUAUGUUGAUAUCAAACUGUUUAUAUUUUCUUGUCUUGAAAAACUUUAACUCUUAAACAGAUGAAAAUAUUUUAACUCAAUCUGAACCGAGAGGUACGCUAUAAUGAGGUAUUUUCAUCAUCCACACUUUUUUAAAUGAUAGGAAUUCAACCUGAACUUAAGGCACUUUUCUUUUUUUUUUUUUCAGUUUCAUGAAAUAUCUGAAAUACUUUCACUAAUGACAUACAGGUAUGUAUGCAUAUUAUACUUAACAAGAUAAUAGAAAAGUUAUUUCUUUUAAGAUGAGAAUUUUUCAUAAUUUUCUGUACCGGACACAAGCAGUUUUUAAUGGCGUUGUCUGUCUGUAAAUAAUCAAAAAAUGUUUGUCCUGAAAUCUCUUCUCUCAGUUAUUUAUAGAUCUUAAACUUGUUAUGUAUGUUUUAUUAUAAAGAAUUUGUAUACAUAGCUGCAUUCCUGAGCAUUGUUUUGUUUCAAUCAUUUUUGAAAGAGUUAUUGCCCUUUGUUUUCUUUUUCAGUAGUUCAUCUUGUUCAGAGAUCUCUGUUUAGGGCUUGACAUUUUUCCAUGAAGUUUCCAUAUAUCUUAAUUGUUCAUUCUGAUUGGUUUAAUCUUGCCCAUGCUGGCAGGUGAUCAUUAUAUCGUUUAGUUCUUCAAAUCCAGUUAGUUCACUUGAUGCCAAAUUAUUAUUAUUUUUUUUUUCAUAAAAUAAUGAUGAGUUAUGGAGAUCAGGCUUUUAUUUAGCCCCCUACAUACAAAAUUUAACAACUUAGCUAAAACUGGGUCUAGACAAAGUGUUUAUUCCACUCUGGUAAACAUUUCCUAUUUAUUGAUUGUUGCAGUUCUAAGCUUUGUAAUAUUAGACUCCUGACUUGUAAUUCAAAUCAUACAUUCUGAUGCACAUCAUGCAAAUCUUGGUAUGCUACACAACCUGGUUUUCAUACAAAAGAGUAUACCACUUUGAAUAGGGUCACACAUAUACUGUUCUGCCCAAAGGAACUCAUUGUCAUCCAUGAAUUUUUAAAACUUAUCCUCUUUCACUACCGAAACAAUGAAACACAUAUUUUCCAAAUGUUAAUCUAACUAAACCCCAGUUUUAUCAACAUAUUACUUAAAAAAAAAUUUCCAUGGAAAAUUGUGUUUUAGGAAAAUUCUUACUG